GGGGGGCGGUUAUGGGGCAGGGGGGACAAGUGAGGGGCAGUUUUCGGUCACUUAUGGGGCAGCCGUUUGUCAGUUGUGGGUCAGUUAUGGUCACUUAUGGGGUCUCUAUGGGGUCCCUAUGGGUCUCUAUGGGGUAUCUAUGGGGUCUCUUUGGGUGUCUAUGGGGUCUCUAUGGGGUGUCUAUGGGUCUCUAUGGGGUGUCUUUGGGUGUCUAUGGGGUGUCUAUGGGUCUCUAUGGGUUCUCUAUGGGGUGACCUUGGGGUGUCUAUGGGUCUCUCUGGAUUUCUAUGGGGUCUCUAUGGGGUCUCUAUGGGGUGUCUAUGGAGUGUCUUAUGGGUCCGUUCUGGUCACUUAUGGGGCAGCCGUGGGUCAGUCGUGGGUCCGUUCUGGUCACUUAUGGGGCAGCCGUGGGUCAGUCGUGGGUCCGUUCUGGUCAGUUAUGGGUCAGCUGUGGGUCACUUGUGGGUCACUUAUGGGGCAGCCCUGGGUCAGCUCUGGUCACUUGUUAUGGGUCAGCUAUGGGUCAGCUCUGGUCACUUAUGGGGCAGCCGUGGGGCAGGUCUCGUUCCCAGGCCAUGGAGGGGUCGGGGGCUCCGCGCUGUCGCCGUGUGGGGAUCCUGGGCUACGGACGCCUGGGCCGGUUCCUGGCCGCCCGCCUGUUGGCCGAGGGCGCCCCCUGCGGGCUGUCUCUGGGCUUCGUGUGGAGGCGGGGGGGCCGGAGCGGCCCCCUCCCCCCGCCCCUCCCCCUGUGGGACCUGCGCGACCUGCCGAGCACGGGGGUGCAGCUGGUGGUUGAGGUUUCUCAUCCCUCGGUGGCCCAAGAGCACGGAGAAGAGAUUCUGAAACACGCGGAUCUGAUGCUGGGGUCCCCGUCGGCGCUGGCGGACGCAGAGACGCGGCGGCGCCUGCAGGGGGCGGCGGAGCGCGGGGGCCACACGCUCUAUGUCCCCCGGGGGGCGCUCUGGGGCUGCGAGGACAUCGAGAGGAUGGACCGGGCGGGGACCCUGCAGGCGCUGACGGUGACGCUGAGGACGUCCCCGCGCUCCCUGCGUGCGGGGGGGUGGCUGCGGGGCCGGGUGGCGGCCGCGGUGGCCUCGGGGGAGGCGGGAGGUGCUGUACGAGGGCCCCUGCGCCCGCUCUGUCCCCUGUGUCCCCAGAACGUCAACGCCAUGGCGGCCGCCGCGCUGGCGGCACCGCGGCUCGGCUUCGAUGGCCUGCGGGCGCGGCUGGUGGCCGAGCCGGGGGUCCCCGACUGGCACGUGCUGGAGGUGGAGGUGACGGGGGUUGGGGACGGGGGUCGCGCCCUCAGUGUCACCAGCACCCGCCGCAACCCGGCGGCACCCGGAGCCGUCACCGGGGACGCCACCAGGGACAGUUUCUGGAGCAGCCUGCAGGCCUGCACCGGACACGGCGGGUGCAUCCGGCUCUGCUGAGGGCGGGGACAACGGGGACAACGGGGACAAAACAACGGGGACAACGGGGACAAAACAACGGGGACAACGGGGACAACGGGGACAAAAACAACGGGGACAAAACAACGGGGACAACGGGGACAAAACAACGGGGA